AUGGCUCGCAACUCCGACUCAACUGUGCUUACGGCUAAUUACAUUGGACCGUUCAAGAUUUCAGUGUCCGAUAAGAAGAGCGGAACUUACGAAGUUAACAAUGUUGACGGUUCAAGUGCUAUUAGAAUCGGAUCACAUCGAAUUCCGACGACAGAAAUCAUCCUUCGUCGCACACGUGAAGCUGCUACACCUCUUAUGUCUUACGAGUUUAAGAAAAUUCUGGGGAAGUACAAACAUGAGAACAUGACUUACUACACAACAGAGUUUGCAGAUGGUGCACAAUACGAUCUACUCCCAUCGGUAUUUGAUGAUCCAGACGUAUUGAAGGCUUUUAAUAAGAAGUUUCGCAAACGCCUACAUAAGAACAAGGCAGACGCAGAGGCAGUCUUGCAUACAAACAAACGUCCCGAUGUAGUUACGGUUUAUCCACAGACUUUAUUCAUUCCAAGCUUCCAAGAGCAUGGAAUGUACGUACCUCCUAAUGGCACCAAGAAACGUCCCAUCCACCAUCGGGGACCUCAAGGACCUCAACUCAAACGUAGUAGAGUUACUGAGUAA